AUGAGGAGCUUGAUCUCUUCCUCGGAUAGAAAAUUAGGAAUAACCAGAUAUCUAGAACUAGGUGUUGGCACAUCUAUUUGCCACCUCCUAGAUAAGGACCGUACCCUCGCUCGUAGAACUGGGAAAUGCGAUGAAAUUGUCAAUAAAUAUCAUUGUGUUUUGAGGAUAUUUAAAUAUACAUUUUUAACCUGCUGCUCGUUGAGAACUUGCAAAGAUGCCAUGGACGCUAUUGGAAUGGAGGCAAAAUCUCAGAAUGGAAGUGCACGCGUAAACGGUUCACAAGAGUCAGCGGCCAAGCGCCCUUCAUUUGCUAAGGUUUUGGAAGAAUUGAAAGAAGAGGAAGAUGCUGCUGAGGGAGGUGCCAAUCAGUGGGAACGCCCACCGAUGCCAUUCAUCGACGAAGAUGUGGAUAAUAUUGUAUUUCAGCAAAUUGACAUAGAGCAAUAUGCCGGAGAGGAAGAUAGACCCAAGCUCCGGAUGUUUGGAAUUACUCAAGCCGGGAAUAGCGUCAUGGCUAAUAUACACGGAUAUCUUCCCUAUUUCUAUGUGCCCGUACCGCGUGGCUUCCAGGAAGAGGACAUUGCCGGAUUUAUUGCCAAAGUAGAAGCCGAAGCCAUCCUCGAAAUGGAAAUCGUCAAGAAGAAGAGCUUAUGGGGUUAUCGUGGUGACAGCGACGUACCUUUCUUGAAGAUUAUUCUAUCCUCUCCAAAAAUGGUCCCAAAAGUUAGAACAGCCUUUGAGAAACAGCAAUUGGACUACAAAGAGCUGUUUAAUAGAGGCGGAAUCCCAACACCGACAUUCGAAAGCAAUCUUCUCUUCGUCCUAAGAUUCAUGGUAGACACAAAAAUAGUUGGCAUGAACUGGAUAGAGUUGCCAGCUGGGGAAUACAAGAUCAGGGAAGAUGACGAUAAGUUGUCCACGUGCCAGUUAGAGGUCGAUAUACAGUGGGACAAGUUCAUAUCACACUCUCCCGAGGGAGAAUGGUCUAUGAUGGCACCUUUCCGCAUUCUGAGCUUCGAUAUCGAAUGCGCUGGAAGGAAAGGGACGUUCCCUGAGGCAAAUAUGGAUCCCGUCAUUCAAAUUGCAAACAUGGUGACACGACAAGGAGAAUCCAAACCUUUCAUUCGGAAUGUUUUUGCCCUCGGUGAAUGUGCACAUAUUGUCGGCUCACAAGUCAUUAGCUACAAAGAUGAAAAAAAACUAUUAGCGGAUUGGAGCUGCUUCGUUCAGAAGGCCGACCCGGAUAUCAUCAUUGGCUAUAACAUCUCAAAUUUCGACUUCCCUUACCUAAUGGAGCGGGCCGGCCAUUUGAAGGUGCAGAACUUUCCUUAUCUGGGUCGAUUGAGAGCGUAUGGUACUCGUGACUCCAAGGAAACCGUCCUAGACGGUAGAUUGCAACUGGAUAUUUUGCAGGUUAUGCAACGAGACUAUAAGCUGCGCAGCUAUUCUCUGAACGCGGUUUGUGCGCACUUCCUGAAUGAACAAAAAGAAGACGUACAUCACUCCGUUAUCACGGAUCUACAAAAUGGUACCCCAGAGUCAAGAAGAAGAUUAGCUGUUUACUGCUUGAAGGAUGCAUACCUUCCUCAUCGGCUCAUGGACAAACUACUAUGUCUUGUUAACUAUACCGAAAUGGCCCGUGUCACUGGAGUGCCAUUCAACUAUCUCCUGUCAAGGGGGCAAUCCAUCAAAGUCGUUUGUCAGCUGUAUCGAAAGGCCAAUGCUGAUAAUUAUCUGAUACCUACAAUGAAAUCCGAAGGUGGAGAGGAUCAAUAUGAAGGAGCUACAGUCAUCGAACCAAAUAGAGGGUUCUACAAAAAGCCUAUUGCAACAUUGGAUUUCAGUUCCCUGUACCCAUCGAUUAUGAUGGCCCACAACCUGUGCUACACCACCCUCCUCGAGAAGGACACCAUUGAUCGUCUGGGGCUUGUGCGCGAUGUAGACUAUAUUCAGACACCUAAUAAAGAAGACUUACUAGCAGCCCGUAAGCGAGCCAAGACGGAUCUGAAGAAAGAAACGGACCCAUUUAAACGUGCUGUGUUGGAUGGCCGUCAGCUAGCGUUGAAGAUCAGUGCAAACUCUGUCUAUGGGUUUACCGGAGCAACUGUCGGCAAACUCCCUUGUCUUGAGAUUUCUUCAAGCGUCACUGCAUACGGCAGACAAAUGAUAGAGAAAACUAAAACUGUCGUAGAGUCUCACUUCUCAAUAGCCAAUGGACGGAAAUGGGAUGCUAGGGUCAUAUACGGAGACACAGACUCGGUAAUGGUGGAAUUUGGGUGUGAUGACCUGGAAACAGCAAUGGAACUGGGUCGCGAAGCUGCUAAUUUCGUGACGGAAACCGAGUUCGUGCGGCCCAUUAAUUUGGAAUUCGAAAAAGUCUAUUUUCCGUACCUCCUGAUCAGCAAGAAGCGAUAUGCUGGAUUAUACUGGACAAAGCCCGAGAAAUAUGACAAGAUGGAUGCUAAAGGCAUUGAGGUAUUUACGUCUCAUGUGAUUAGGCUUCAACUCACCCCCUAUAUUAGACUGUGCGAAGAGAUAACUGUAGACUGUUACGUCAAAAGAAUGAUCUCGGAUCUCCUGCAAAACAAAAUCGAUAUGUCACAAUUGGUGAUCACCAAGGCACUCUCGAAAGAAACCUAUGAGGGCAAACAGGCCCACGAUGAGUUGGCCAAAAGGAUGAGAAAGCGCGACGCGGGAUCUGCGCCAGCUCUGGAUAAAUCAGCCGCGGCUGCAUACGAGAAGGCCGAGGACCCACUCUAUGUUCUUGAGCACAAUAUACCCAUCGACACCAAGUACUACUUGGACAAUCAGCUAGCCAAACCUCUUGAAAGAAUUUUCGAACCCAUUAUGGUGAAUGGCGAUCAUACGCGGACCGUGUCAAUUGCGACACCGACAACGGGUGGUCUAAUGAAAUUUGCGGUCAAAACAUCAAACUGCCUAGGCUGUAAAACGCCCCUAAAAGCAAGCUCGGGGAAUUGUACCAAAAACAGGUUAGACUAUUUCCCCGCUUUCUUUAGCCGCGCUAAUGUUCUCAAAGAUGGCACAAUCUUCAAGGCUCCAGGUAUCCUUCGCACGGUUGUGGACACAAUGUCAGAGAUGCCAAGGCUCCUUGCAUCUGGUACGGCUAAAUUCUUAACAAAUGAACGAUUGCCUGAUAAUAAUGACCUAGGACGUGCUUUGUACAAGAAGAAGGCCCAGCGAGAUGUCGCGGAAGCUGUCAGCAUCGUAGAAAGAUUCGAGAACGAAGAAUGGUAG